UGAGGAUGACCUUACAUUUUUUAAAGAUUUCUUUAAUUUUAUGUGCAUUCGGUGUUUUGCCUUCAUGUAUGAUGUGCAUCAUGGUGGUGUCUGCAGUGGCCAGAACAGAAUAUUGGAUCCCCUGGAACUGGAGUUACAGAUGUUUGUGAGGCACCAUGUGGGUGCUGGGAACUGAACCCUAGUCCUUUGCAAGAGCAGCCAGUGCUCUUAACUGUUGAUCCAUCUCUCCCGACCCACCUUCAUCUCAAGUGCUUGGAUCACAGGUGUGUGCAUCCACACCUGGGAGACAGGGAGGGCCUCUCUACAGUAGACCAGGCUGGACUGACAGCCUUGUGUUGGAGCAACAGCCUAUGGCACCGCAGGAGGGGGUCUAAACAUUCUUUGGAGGCCAGCUUCUCCCACCCUGAGUGAGCCUGGACCACUAGCCAGGCAGAACCUGCCCCUGAUGCUCUGAGGGUGGCCUUAUUCCCAUCCUCUAACCACCUCCCUCUGUCUCUCUGACUUCCUGUCUCUUUUCUGUGGGUGAGGAGCCCCUUUUUUUGUUUCCUGGUGUAUUUCCCACCCCCACCCCCGUCGCCCAGCCUCCAUACCCAGGUGGAAGUUUUCAGCCAACUGAAAGGCAGGCAGCCCUGGGGACGCUCGCCCUUCAGCCUUCAUGGAAAAGAGCUGUCUGGAAACUGUUACCCCGAGGUAGGCAGGCCUGGCAGAAGAGGAGGCAGCCCCAGGGCCAGGGGCCCUGCAGGAAAGGGGCGUUUAGUUCUCCACCCUCUGAAUCAGCCUGUCUCCGUGUGUGCUGUCCCCGCCCCCCCCCCCCCCCCGACCUCCCGCCUCCUUUCUCCUCCUCUCUUGGGAGUCUCCACCCUUCCCCACAUAUCUGUGUCUCUGUGCCGGUCUUAGGGUCUCCUCCAUCCUCCUCUUCCAAAACCUUAGUCUGAGUUCCCUGAAUUCUCCCCACGCCAUUGGCUGGGCUGAGGGUGGGCGGGUUCUGUUACGAGGGGCAACGGCUACACCACAACAAGCCACUUCUUGGCUUCCGAGAGUGUGAGAACUAUGGCAGGCCGGACACUAGCUCUGCGAUAUGGGCCCCCUUGUUCCCCCAUUUCUGAAACUGAGGUUCCUGGAACUUGGCCCAGCUGGCAUCUCACCAGCAGCGGGGUCGCCCACCACAGGAUCCCACCGGCACCCUUUCCUCCGCCCAUUCUACAGCCUACGGUCCUGACACCCCUGCCCGAAGCCGUGAGGCACGACCCGCGCAUCUGGGCCUUUGACGAAGUCAUCAGCAGAUGGGAAACCACCUCAGGCUCGGCACACAGGCUCAAGACACACGGUGGGCCCUGUGCUCAGCCCAAGGCAGCAGAGCACGAGGACCCUGGGCGGGUACUUGGGAUCAAGUCUUUGGCAGAGAAGCUAAGAAGACACCAGGGUUGGGGUGUCCCCCUGGACACAAAAUACCAGAUCAGCGAGACGAAGGCAGAGUACACGGGCUGCCCAGGUCUGGACCAGAGUGCCCCUCUCUUUGUGGAGCCCCAACCCCCGGCGCUCGCUGACCACCACCGUGGGGGCCCUUCCCAGGCCCUAGUCCCCUGGACGAGAAAUCCAGAGCUGGCUGGCCAGCCCUUUACAGUGGGGAAGACGGGUGUCCUGGGCCGCCUCCAGCCCUACCUGACCACCUCUUUACGUGACUUCUCCAGGAAGGAGCUGCCUGGACACCCUGGCCAGGACAGAGUGGCGAAGUCACAGCCCCCCCGCCGCGUUAAGCUGCACCUGCCAAGGGAGCGCCUAGCUCGGGCAUGCCCCGUGCCACCAGCUGUGCCGUACCUAGGGGCCCUGCCUCUGACCCGGGAGUCUUAUGGGCCCUCGGUGCACCCGCUCCGCAAGCUGGACCGCUUUUGCCCACUAGAGGCCCCCUGGGGGGGCCCCCACCUGAAGCCAGUGCCUGGCAUCUACAGCGUGCCCAAGGCCUACUGCACUGAGAACUCCCGCUAUGGGAGUGCCAGGGCAGAGCUGGUGUGAGCAUGUGAGC